CAACAAUCUUUGAUAAGAAGAGAAAACAAGAAGAAGAGGAAGGAGACUAAUUUAGCCAUGAAAGGAACACUGUCACAUGAAUUAGAAAUCAGUUUGCCGGCCGAUGAAAUAUGGUCGGUCUACCGUGGUUUAGAACUCGCCGAGUUGGUUGUAAAGCUACUACCUACUGUUAUCUACAAGAUGGAUCUUGUUGAAGGUGACGGAGGGGUUGGAACCAUCCUUCAUCUUUACUUCCCUCCGGGAACACCUUUGGUCCAAUCAUAUAAAGAAAAGUUCACAAAAAUCGAUGACGAAAAACGUAUUAAAGAAGCUUAUGUUGUCGAAGGUGGGUACUUAGAAUUAGGUUUUAUUUCAUAUAUGGUUCGAUUUGAGGUGAUAGAGAAGAGUGAAGCUGAUUCCAUUAUAAUGUCGACCAUAGAGUAUGAAGUUGAUGAAGAUUUCGCAUCAAAAGCUUCAUUGAUUAGCACUGCUCCUUUAGCAAUAAUCCAUGAAACUGUUGGAAAGUAUCUCAUUGAGAAGAAAUCCAAUGCUUGAUUAAUUUCUUUGGUAAUUUGGCUUCUGGAUCGCUAUAUAUAUAUAUGAAGCACUCUUGGAGGAAAUUUAAAAAUAAAUAAAAAAAUUUAUGGAGCAUAUGUAUUAUCUUUAUUCUUCUGAGAUCUUGUACUCAUUUUUAAUAUGAUGAAGUAAUGAUAUAU